UUUCUUAGAAUUGUUUAUAAAUAAUAGAAUAAUGCAUAAUAAACGUUUAUUUUGUUUGCAUUAAUGCAAAGUAUUGGAAUUUAAAUUAAUUUGAUUAUUAUUUGACAAAAAAAGGAUGAAAUAAAUUGUCAUAAUGAUAUGUUUUAUAAUUAAACAGCGACAUCCAAUAAGCUUUUUUUUCACGUCACAUCCGAUAAUAGAAACGAAGGACUUAACUUAAUAUUUUUCUAUAAAAACUAACAAAGAUAGAACCUAAGAACCAGGACGCCAAUUUAUAUAGGAAUCAUAUGAACAAAAAUUCAUACCGUAAUGAUACCGACUCUAUUGUUUCACGACUGAUGAAAACGAGACUCCAAGUGCAAUUUCCGACAGUUUGAAAAAAAUGCAUCAAAAGCAGAAAUUAGCAACACUUUCAAAAGAAGAUAUCGAAGAUCUUUUAAAAGUACCUGCUGUAAAUGAACCAGUGAGUGACGAUGAAUCCAAUUCCUCGAAUCAGUCGAAAGCAUCGGACGGUGGUGAAUUUUCAGAACAAGGCAACUUUUCUGAUCAAAGUGCAGAAGUUGCUAGAGAAAAAAUGCAGUUACCUAAAGCUCCACGACUUGCAUUUUUAGAUCCAAAAUCUAAAUUGGAAUUUUAUUCUAUGCCAUCAGCACAGAAAGAUGCAACACAACCUGCAGAAGAUAAAAUUGAAAAGGUGUCGGAAACAAAUUCAACGUCUAAUAAGAAGAAAGGAAAGAACGGUUUAUCUAAAAAUUCGAAAUCAUCGCAAGGUAAUCAACAGAUUGUAAAUAAAAGUUCGACUCAAAGUGGGAAAAAACUUAAUGAACCGAAAAAUUCAAAAUCGGAUGCAACAAAGAAGAAGCAAUCUGGUCAAAGGUCUAAAGGAAAUGAAGAGUCUCCAUUCCCAUCUUCUGGAAAUGGAGAUCUUCCUUUGGCAUUAUUUGAAUUAUUAGUGGAAAUCCUCACAAGACUAGAGGCUGACAUAAAACAGAUAAGAAGAGAGAUCAAUCAUUUAAAAUCACUGCUGGAGGCAAACAGUGCAGAUCAUGUACAAGCAGAGAGUCUCGCUGAUCGCCAUGGUUUAGAGUUGCCGUUGAAAACAGAGGAAGAUUUUCAAAAACUUGAAAAGUGUUUCGAGAGCAAUUCAUUUUCUAAAGAAUUCAAACAAUCGCUGACAAUGCUAAUGGACCAUGACAAUGUCUUAACCAAAACUAUUGCGAACAUUUUGCGGCGAUACCUGUCAAGAGAUGUGGCCGUGACAUACGUUGCGAAAAAACCAACUAAAGACAAAAAAUUGUUCAAAGACACCUGUUUCUGCAAAAAAAUGCAUGAUGCGAUCGCUUCAAAAAUGGAGAGAGAAAGGAAGGCAUUCACUGAUAAAGCCUUUUAUCAAGCAUUGGGGCAAGUUUUAACGAACUCAAAAGAUUGGGAAGGACACAGGCAAUUAAGAAAAAAAGUCCUGGCUGAACUUGACAUUCCAGUCAUCAACCCUGAAGAUUUUUCAAACAACUCAAAAGAGCGUGAACCCUAAUAAGGUUUUUAUAAGUUAAAAGUUUCGUCUAUCCAAAAAUCUUAAUUGUGAACCAAAGGAUUUAAACCUUAUUUUUAAUUAUUAUCUUCAAAGUUAAAUUUCAAUUUAACAAAUCGUUUUUUUUUUUAUUGAAAACUAAGAUGUGUUUAUUCUUAAUACAACGUAAUUCUUAAAAUUAUUUAUUAAGGAGAGACCGA